CUGUCAAAUCGAAAUUACAUUUACAUGAUUAUACAUUAAAUAACAGAAAAAAAAUGGAUUAUUUGUUGAUUGAUAAUAUUUCUCGUAAAUAUUAUUCGAAUUCUUGUCAACAUAAGAUUCAAUAUGGAACUGCUGGAUUCCGGACAAGAGCAGAGCAUUUAAAUUAUGUUUUAUAUCGAAUGGGUAUUUUGGCAACUAUACGAUCAAAAUUUUGUGCUGCUGCAAUUGGAUUAAUGAUUACAGCAAGUCACAAUGAAGAAUCUGACAAUGGUGUAAAACUUGUUGAUCCAUCUGGUGAGAUGUUAGAAGCUGCAUGGGAAAAUAUUGCCAAUAAUCUUGUCAGUGCGAGUGACGAUGAAUUGAUUCAUGUGUUGCGAGAAACUAUAAAUCAUUACAAUAUUAAAGAGGAUGCUGAAGCAACGGUUAUCGUUGGCAGAGAUACUAGAAAAAGUGGUAGUAUGUUGUUAGAAGCUGCUAUUAAAGGAAUAGAAAAUUCGAAAGGAAAUGUUAGAGACUUUGGUAUCAUCACAACGCCCCAAUUGCAUUAUCUUGUAGUAUGUAUAAAUACAAAUCAUCAGUAUGGUGAUCCAACAAUCGAAGGAUAUAUAUCGAAAUUAAGCAAUGCUUUUCUUGGAAAUCGGAAUGCCCAAGAAAAGAAACAAUAUCAAAGUCAAUUGUAUUUAGAUGCUGCUAAUGGCGUUGGAGCUAUUGCAGCUCGGAAAUUUACUGAGAAACUCGAAAACUCUAUCAACAUUGAUAUUUUCAAUGAUGGAAGUGGAGUUUUAAAUUCAAAAUGCGGAGCUGAUUAUGUUAAAAUUUAUCAAACUUUACCUCUGAAUAGCCCUACUGAGCCUUAUUUCAAAUGUAUAAGUAUUGAUGGAGACGCUGAUAGAAUUAUUUAUUAUUAUAGCGACCAAUUUCAAAAGGUUCAUUUGCUGGAUGGUGAUAAGAUUGCUGCAUUAAUAAUCACUUAUUUUAAAGAACUACUUCCGUUGACUGGACUUUCGAUUCAAUUAGGAUUGGUUCAAACUGCAUAUGCCAACGGUGCAUCAACUAAUUACGUUUCAGAAAUUUUGAAAGUUCCUAUAUCUUUCACAAGUACUGGCGUUAAAUAUCUUCAUCAUGAGGCUCAAAAAUUUGACGUUGGAGUAUACUUUGAAGCUAAUGGGCAUGGGACUGUUGUAUUCAAGGAGGAAAUCGUUAAUAUGGUCCAUGCAGCUAUUAAAGACGAAACAAUUACAGAGAAAAAAAGGAAAGCUACAAUAAAGUUUUCCAGAAUUAUAGACAUGAUUAACCAAUCUGUUGGUGAUGCAUUAAGUGAUAUGUUAUUAGUUGAGACUAUAUUAUAUGAGAAGGAUUGGAAUGUUGAAAUGUUUGACCGGAUUUAUACAGAUUUACCUAAUAAGCAGUUGAAAGUAAAAGUCAAGGAUAGAAGUAUUAUUAAAACUGAAAAUGCAGAAAGAACGUGUCUUUCACCCAUAGGAUUACAACAAAAAAUUGAUAGUCUUGUUUCAUUGUAUUCCAAAGGACGGGCUUUCAUCAGACCAUCCGGAACAGAAGAUAUUGUGAGAGUUUACGCUGAAUGCGAUGAUGCAGUAGCAGUGAACAAAUUGGCUGCUGAAGUAGCUUUAGCCGUACAUCAAUUGGCUGAUGGAAUCGGUCCAGCACCUGUCAUUCCUAAUAAUUAACUUGAGAUAAUACAAAUCAAAUAUAUGAUGUUAAAUUUUAUAAAAUUAUAUUGCAUUAUCAUUUUUAUACAGUUGAAAUAUACAUGGCAACUAUUUUAAUUAUA